UACUUUCUUCCUCGCUUACCAUUUUAAAUUAUCUUCUCUCUCAUUUCUACCCCAUCUCUCUCAUUCUUUCUCCUGACUAAAAAGAAUGGGUUUUGAAUCGAAGCAGCCGCCUUUUGGAAUUGUCAAGCUAUAGCAGCUGCUCCGUUCACUGAGACUUGAAUGGGUGCUUUCUUUUUCGGCCUUCUUAGCUUCGUUCAUGCAUAACUUACAGCACAAAGCUGGCCUCCUUUCAUUUGUAUUUUUUAAUCCGUUAUACUGGCUGAGAAACAAUCAGAAUCUUUCCGAGUUAUAGUCAAAUUAGUGCGUGUUUCCCUAGAAUUGUGUUGCUGGUUUUUCACCAUUAUUUUCUUGCUGGGUAGUUCAGUUUGUUUCUUUUUUAUUUGAAACCCUAAAACCCUCUUUUCUUUUAAAAUUCAGCAUAUAGAAGAAAACCACAGAAGGUUGAAGAUAGGAUAAUUUGCAAUUUGGUGCGGUUCUGAAGAAAAAAAGAAUACGCCUUUGAACAAAAAUGGUAUAAUGGAAGAAGUUGAAAAUUGCUCAGAAAUGACACUUUCUACUGCUAAUACUCCGGGAGAAGAAGGCACCGCUAGUCUACAUGAGAAUGAAACGGUGCCGCUUUCUCUACCUCCGCCGAAAAAGAAGAGAAAUCUUCCCGGAAUGCCAGAUCCAGAUGCUGAAGUUAUUGCUUUAUCACCAAAGGCUUUAUUAGCCACAAACAGGUUUGUGUGUGAGAUCUGUAAUAAAGGCUUCCAAAGAGACCAGAACCUGCAGCUUCACCGGCGGGGACAUAACUUGCCGUGGAAACUAAAGCAGCGAACCAGUAAAGAGCCGAGGAAGAGAGUGUACGUUUGCCCAGAAACAACAUGCGUUCAUCAUAACCCAGCUAGAGCUCUCGGUGACUUAACUGGAAUCAAGAAACACUUUUGCAGAAAGCAUGGUGAAAAGAAAUGGAAAUGUGAAAGGUGCUCAAAGAAAUAUGCAGUUCAAUCUGAUUGGAAAGCCCACAUGAAGACUUGUGGCACUCGAGAGUAUAAAUGUGAUUGUGGCACUUUGUUUUCAAGGAGGGAUAGCUUUAUUACCCAUCGUGCGUUUUGUGAUGCUUUGGCCGAGGAGAGUGCGAGAGCACAAACCCUAACUAUUGUGGUGGGUAAGGACGGUAGUAAUGAGAAAAGUGCGGUUGCUGCUGCUGUUGCUUCGCCGCCUCCGCCGCCUCUUACACCUUCUACUACUGUGGUGUCUCCGGGUGUGUCAGCUCAAAGUUCAGAAUUAGCAGAGAACCCAGCUGGUGUUUCAACAGCAACACCAGCGGCAGUAGCAACGUGCUUGACUGUGGCAGACACAAGCACCAACUCUACAAGCGCCACAACCAGCAAUGUAUUUGCGAGUGUUUUCGCAUCUUCAACACCACCAGCCAUCUCACAACAAGCGUCGCCGUCUUCAUUUUCCGAUCUUCUAUCCGCCUUAACUCCGCCUGAUUGUCCCACUAAAAUUCCGACAAAUAUAGUUUUAGAGCCUCCAUCACUUUCACUCUCCUCCUCUCUGUAUCUCUCCAACAAUGUCCCUCCUCUAUUCCAAGACCAAGAGCAUCGACACUACACUCAGUCCACUCAACCUGCAGCCAUGUCAGCCACCGCAUUGCUUCAAAAAGCCGCACAAAUGGGAGCCACAUCAUCAAACACGUCGCUACUCCGUGGCUUAGGAUUGUCAGUAUCGAGUUCCAGUAGUCAAGAUAACAAUCAAUGGGAUGUUAAGCCAAAUGCAAAUGCUAUGGCGGCUGCCGGGCUCGGUCUUGGACUCCAUUCUGGGGAUUUUAUGAUGGGUUCUUCGCCAUUGUUUGCCAGUAAACCAACUACGCUCGAUCUUUUUGGACUGGGUAUAGGCGGUGGCUCAGCUUUACUUAACUCCUACGGUGGAAGCUUCAGCUCCGUUGGAGCAGUGGCUCCUUAUGGAAGAGGAGGGGGUGGUGGCUCUGAAGAGACAUGGGACGGUGCGGUGGAGAAAAAGCUGAACGGGCCUGGUUAGCACGCAUUAGAGAGAGAAUUAGUACUGAUUUCCCCAGGUUUUUAAGUGACGGAUAAAACAGAUUGAGCUCUCUCUCGCUUGCUCCCAUGAAUUUAUGUCGUCUUUGGUAUACAUUUUGUUGCUGAAUAUAGAAAGGCUAAGAUAUAGUAUAGCUCUUAAAAGGGUAGAAGACUAUAAUUUUUAUUUAUAGUUUUUCUUUCAUAUAUAUUUAAUAUGAAUAUACAAAUUUUGCUUAUAGGCUCAUCUUUAACCUUGCUAAAACUGUUGUGCUAAAACUAUUGUAUAGGGUGCGCAUUCCGUUAAAUUGAAUGAAUCAAACUGAAUUUAUAAGGUCUUA